AUGUUUUGUCCAGCAUCUAGGAAGAAGACAAUCAUUUCAAGAAGAAAAGCAGUUGCGCUGCUUCUUCUUUCUCUGGUAAUAUUAGCGACAUGUCUCUUGGGAGGGAAUGUGGUACACUCAUCACCAACAACAACUAAAUGUACAAAUACUGAGAGUGAGGGAUGCGGAUUAAGGGGAUAUAUUAAGGACAAACAAAAGGAAGAAGAUAUUCUUUCAUGCUCGAUUGCUAAAAUUUCAAAGGGUAUAGAAUUUCUCAAGCAAGCAAAUGAUACAAAGCUAUUGGAGCAAAUUGCUCAAAGAGAACAUCAAUUACGAGUGAAGGAGUCUGCUCGGUCGAUGCUCUCAUCAGAAAUUAGUAUUCUCUCUGCUCAAUGUUCAACAUAUUUAGGAGAAAAUUGUGAUAUUCCUGUAGAAUGCUAUGGUGUUCCAGCCAAUUCACCAACCGUUUGCUCUGGACAUGGAACUUGCAUUUCAUCCAAUAAUUGUCUAUGUUUCACAUCGUUUAGUGGCUCAAGUUGUUCAAACAUGUCAACAAUUAAUGAUCCAAUUUUGGGAAGAACCUUUGCUGAUGGAACAACAGCAACAUCAUGUUAUGGAUACAGAUAUCCAACUCUGCCAUAUGCUUACAAUGGAGAAGGAAGUGGAUUAUAUCAAAUCAAUGUUGGACCAACAAUUUACACUGCUUAUUGUGAUAUGGAAAGUAUGGGAGGUGGUUGGACUCUUAUUAUGAAAACCAGUACUUCUUCUCCUUUCGUGUAUGACCAUGCAAUGUGGACUGCAAAUGAUUUAUCCUUUUUAGGAACACAAAAAUUACCAUUCACAAAUAUUACAGCCAAUGAAGAUUACAUCUCACCUCUCUUUUAUAAAUUAGCAGGAAGAGAAUCUAGACUUGCUAUGAAUUCAUUAGAAAAUUACAAUUCUUGGAGUCAUUCGUACGAUACUGCCAGAAAUUUGAUUGCCAACAAUGGAAUGAUGAAAUCCUAUGCCACCAACAUGUCUACUUCAACAUGUGAACCUCAAACAAAUUGUGGUACUCAACCAAUUAAUAAGAAGCCACUUGGUAUAUGGAGAUCUCUUCCUUACGAUUACAAGGCAGCCUAUUGGUACAGAUUUGGUUAUAUCAAUGCUCUAGGUGAAGAUUCCUUUGGAUCCAAGAUCAGAGUUGGUUUUUCUUCUGAUGGUGAUACUUCUGAUACUGUAGAUGGUAGGAUUGGUAUAGGUAUUGACUGUCUGACAAUGUGUGGUUCCUAUGAUGGAAAACCUCAUGACGAAUUACAAAAAAAAAUGAUUAACAAACUUCCACCCGAAAACCUUCAUCACAUUUUCAGUUACUUGGAUUAUUUUCGUGAUAUUUUCCGACUUCGAAAAUUAGCAGUGUUGGAUUUUACAAAUGUUCGUGGAUGGGAAAUUGAUGAUUUUAAUGAGGUGAUGGAUUUGGAGUAUUCGGAUGAUGGAUUAUCGGAAUACAACUCUUGGGAACCACUGUGUAUUACUUGUAAAUCUUUUUAUGAAGCCUUUGUGUCGUUUCAACCGAUGGAAAUUAAACUACAAAUGAUUAAUGGAGACAAGAAGAAUUGGGCAAGAUAUCCAAUUGAUAGAUCGUAUUUUGAAUCUCUUACAUUGAUUAGGAGUGUCCAAAACCUGUAUACGGAGGAGUGUUUGCAAGAUAAUAAUUAUGUACACAAAGUAUUGGAAAGAAUCAAGACAAGAUAUGAAAAUGUUUUUGAUAGAGUGGUGUAUGUGAGCUGUUUUGCUCCAUUUGGAAAGAAUUAUUGGACUAAGAGAGGAGGAAAUAUUCCAUUAAAAAAGAUAUUUAAAAAUGUGAAAUAUUUAGUUUCGAAUUAUCCAUUAGUUCAAAGCACCAUCUCAUGUAUUUAUGAACAAAAUUUAUUCAUGGAAUCUGGAGGACUUGCUCCAAGAAGUAUUGGUGCUAAUUUUCCUACAGAAAUGGAAGAAAUUGAAUACUUGAAAAAAGCUUCAAAAUUAAUGGGAAAGAGACCAUUUCAUGUAGAAAUAAUCCUUGCCUAUUCAAUAUAUUUUCAGAGAAUUGAUACUUGUAAAUUCAUCAUUAACAAUAUUGAUAUUGAUAUUGGAUAUUUUGAACAUUAUUGGAAUAUAGUAUUAUCUAUAUUUUCCGGAGGACUGAGUAACAACAUUUUGGAUAUUUUAUGUCUAAUUUAUUUGAAAUAUCCAGAAUUUAAAAUUUUUAUUGUUAAGGGGAUAGUGUUGGAACAAUUGAAAAUUCUUGACAAAUAUCCAUUUAUUAAAUUUGAUGUAAAAAGAUGUAUACUAUUUCCCACUGAUGAAAUAAGUGAAUCUGAACUCGUCAACAGAUUUAGCAAAAUUGGAAAGUAUUGCUUUUCGUAUUUGGGUUUAACCUCUUGUUUUGACACGUUGGAUAACCCUGAUGUAUUUGGUGUGACACCUUUAAUGCAAAAGAACCAAGAUAAACCAAUGACUUUACAACAAAUAAUGAUGAAGGAUAUUUAUGGAAACAACUUUUUACACUACUUUUUUACAAAUAAUAGAAACAGCUCUAAUUAUUUUACUUAUUCUGACACUCAAUUUUCCAAAAACAUUCCCAAUGAUAUUUUGUAUAAAUUGGAACAAGAAGAAAAUAAUUUUGGAUUAACUCCAGUAGAAAUAGCUGUUGCCAAUGAAUGGAAUCAUUUCAAAUUCCAGCCACUCACUAAAAUAUUUCAUUUUAAAUCUAUAGAGAAAUUAAUUAAUGGUAUUCGAUCAUUUAAAUUAUUGGAUGGAUUUGAAGUUGAUUUGGCUAUUCUUUAUGCAGUAGCCGGAGUAAUUAAUCCAACAAUUGAUUAUUCAAUUUACCAAGACAUUGAUUACAGAGAUCGAAAUGGAAAGCAUUUAAUUCAUUAUUUUACAAAGUUUGAUUAUUUGGACAUACAAAAUGUACUUCCAAAUUUAUCAGCUGAAGAAAUAUUACUGACACCAGAUCAUAAUGGUACCUUUCUUCUUCACUCCUGCACUAAUUUAUACAGAGAUUUAUUAUCCUCUAUUGCUGAAUGGAACGAAUCUCCUACGAUCAACAUUUCUGGUUACUUUGAUAAUUUAGGUUUCAACAGAAUAAUGUAUUUCUUACUAAAAUCAAAAGACGAAAGACAUUUAAAAUCAGAUGCUAACGUAAUUGGAUUUGAUUACUCAACCGAAAAUCAUCCCAAGCUUAUUCACAUUACUAUUCUUAAUAAGGAUAAUUCAAUUCAUUUCAAAUUAGAAAGUUCAAAUAUUCCAAGAAUAACAGGAGGAUUUCAAUGGUAUGGUGGAGAGGAGGGAGACGACAUUUCACAUUUUCUCAUUCGAUUAUGCACUCAACAAAUCUUGAGCAAAACACAUUAUGCUCUAGAGGACGUUAUGAGCAUUUUAAUUGCAAGAGGAUUGAAAUUUGACAUUGUGAAAAAUUCCAGAGGAAAGACAGCACUCGACCUACUCAAUGAAUUCAAAGAAAACUAUCCAAAUAUUCACACCCCUCUUUACAAGCAAGUAACAAGAGGAACCACGAAGAAAUCACUAGCACUCGAAGAGUUUGUGAUCAAACCAAGCAAAUGUUCAGUAGAAGAAAUUAUCUCUCAAUCGAAUUCCUUGUUGGUGGUCAAGAAGAGUUUCAUUGUUGAACGAAAUGAAGUUACACUCCAUAGGAAUUUGUUCUUUGCACAAAAUAGAAAGAGGGAUGUUGUUGAUACACUGUAG